UUCAUCUGUAAUGUCACCAGGUCAUCCGUUAUGACAGAUUCUUUGGGAUCGACGUUUUGGAUCUGGAUAGCCGAGCACACAUGCGACCACGAGUGCGACGUAGCAAUGAAUAAUUCUUCAGUAAACCUUGACGCAGCUUCGGAAAGAUCUAUGACGAGAAAUGUUAUCGAUAGAAUCUACAACAUGUCUUGGCUAAAGCAGAAUUCUUCGAUGCAAAAAGAGAAUACGCAGCGAUUUGCUAAUGGCCAGAAGUUAAUAUCUGCCAAAAAAACAGAUGAGGAUUAUUUUUGUGGGACCCGAAAAGAGAAGAAAAAAAAGAAAAGGAAGGAGGAGAAAGGAAAAUCGAUGGAGGGUUCAAAACUUCAGCAAAAUUCUCUUGAAAAGAAACUAACAGAUAUAACGAAAAUACCUUUAAAUUCUGCUACUGAUGUAACUGUUGGCAAAAAUGUUUGGUCAUCAGGCACUAAUGUUGCCAAUAAGUUAUUUCCAAACGUUCAGUCUGUAAGGAUCGACAGAUUGGCAGAAGAAGAAAUGUUGAGCCAAGCUUUGGCCGAAAGUAUCGCCAGUGUGCAAUUAGAACAAUUUAAGAGGUCGUCACCGGAGAAAGAAAAUCGAUGGGAAGCUCUUUAUGGAGACGAUGACGACGACGAUGGUGGCUGGGAUAACGUGCGAAGAAAUAUGCCAUCCUCGAUCGAGAAGGCAAUCAAUAAUGUAUCGUGUCGAAGAAAAAUUUGCAAAGAUAAUAACAAAAGUAAGAACAACAAUACUUCUCCAAAGCCCGGUAUACUGCGAAAAUGCAAAGGAAACAGUCGCACCGCAAAAUCAGAGAAUUUGGACUUCUGUUUCAAAAAAAGAAGCAGUAUGUCGGAGGAGGAAAUGGGAGAAAUUCGUUCUCCAAGAGUAGUUGCAUUCAAUGAAUCGAUUGACGUAAAAAUUGCCUCAAGCGAUUCGAGUGACGACUGUGAAAAAUCUGAAUACCAUCCAAUAAAAUCGGAUGCAACUUUGCGUAUCAAUGACAGUGAGUCACCAAAUAUCGAUAAAUACGGAAGACUUGAAGGGUAUUCUGAGCGUCGACUUUUUAUGGGAAAAGGUGCUAGGAUGAAGGAACAACAGUAUUUACAAAAUAAACUGUCAUCAGGAAAAGUUAUGCAAACUGACAAUGUUGGAAAAUCUAAUACGGAUAAAAAUAUUAUCAUCAAGGUGACUAGUAUAGAAAAAUCUGACCAAAAGCUUAAAAAACCGUUGUUCGUGGGAGAUGUGAAGUCCAGCGUUAUUGAAGAUUUGAAUCAUUCCGAUCUAGAGCCAUCUGGCAACAAUUCAUCGGCAGACCGUUCAUUGGAUCAAAGUUCGUGUGCUAUUAAUAGUUCCAGGGAUUCCAUUAUCAAUUGUUCAGCCCCUCAAAAGUCCGAAGCAGAAACAUCCAGGAAAACGGAAAGUAAAGUAUAUGCCUUGAAGGAUGUAGAUAGUGCUGACAAAAUUUGCGACAUCAAUCGUAAGGUUUUAAAUGAAGUAUCGAAGAGCACAGAUCUGGGUAAUAUUUCCAAAGUUCAAUGCAUGUCAUCGAGUACUCAGGCAAGUGUUUCUAAAUUGUCAGAAAAUGGAACUGGAUUAAAUGUUUCAAGAAAAGAAUCAACCUACACACAAAAUCUGCAAGAAGAACAUAAAGAUCGGAAGUUAGAGUCCAAAAUUUGUUAUUCAGCUGGUGAUAUAACUGAAUCAGAAGUUCAAGGGGAUAAAUUGGAUUGCAAAGCUAAUUACGGGGUAUGGAUUAUGAUGAGAGAAAAUCCUUGUACGACAAAUAUUCCUGCAAAAAAUUUGCAAUACACAGAUUCAAUCGCUGCCGUUCAAAAUCGAGACUCGCCAAGUCCGGAGCCUUAUCAAAAUUCAUACCCAGAACGCAUGAUGGGUGUGGAAAGAAAUCUUAACCCUCGAAACUUGCUCGCUCAAAACAUAAAUUGUAAAGAUAUGCAAAACCAAGAAUUGGUAGCUCCGCGUGAUGAGUUUUUACCUCAUGAGAACACUUCUAUAAAUCAAUUGUGGAAUUGCAACGCUUAUCCUUUACCUAUAAAUCCAAAUGUGGUAAACGAAAUGCAAAGGCAGCAAUUGGAAUAUGCUCAUUGCAUGUCUCAAAUUGGCACCCAAUAUUUUCCUCAUCAAAAUGUUGGCCCCACGAUAAACUCUUCGUAUUAUGGUCCAUUGAAUUAUGUGCAAGAUGGCGAAAAUAUGAUCUUAAAUACGCCAGUUGACAAUGCAUCACCAAUGAUGAAUAAAAAUAUAUUACUGCCUUGUGACCCUGAAAUGUACGCAAACCAAAUUCAAGCUGAAAAAACUAUGGUUCGUUGGAUUAAAAAUGAUAAACUUCCACCAGGCUUUGGGAAACAUCGAGCUAUCAGAAAAAAUGAUGAUGAAGACAAUCGAUUGAUCAUAAACUCGUUGCUAGUGAAUAUGAGCAUGAAUAACCGUGAAGAGGUUCAAAAAACAGAACAUAUCGCAUCACGUAACGAAAAUUAUUGUGGAGAAAAACCAUCGAGACAUUCUAGUCAAAACAAUGCAGUUUAUUAUAAAAGACAAGUGAAUAAUUCCAGCACCUACGCAAAGCAACAAACUCGUAAGUCGCCGAUAUAUAGAUAUCAAAAUCAAGGAGCAAGACGCCCAACAAGCCUACCAAUACCUCACCCAAUUUUAGGGGCAUCUGUCUACCGUCAGGACACGCGGGAUAAAGUAAUUAACAUGGCCAAUGAACGUGAAAAAUUGAACCUCAAUGGAAAUUCUGAAUCAAACAGGGAUGAGGUGUCAUUAAUCAUGCCAAACCCGGUGGAAAGAAUGAUACAAAAUUCAGGAAUUUCACCUGUUUAUAACAAUAACUAUCUUAUCCAAAAUCGACAGAACCGGAUGUCAGAAUCAUGCAACAAUGAUGCUGAUUUACCUUCUACAAUGCCUACGACCUGCCAUACACACCAUCCUCCGGGCUUCAACAAUGUCAUCAACUGGCAACACAAGGUUAACAUGAUGAACCCUGACCAGUUGCCGAUGAAUUUUGACCCAAGGAUCCAGGUAAUGCAAAAUCCAAUUCCUGGUUCUUCUGACGUUAGUUUUACUCAGUUUCAAUCUAACAUGAUAAACCUGGGUAACACAACACCCUUGUACUCCAUGCCGCCGCCUAAUAUGAACGCAAAUGCAGGUCAUAACGUUCAACACUUGCAGCAAAGCAACGCCGAGUUCAGAAGUAAUGCUUAUCAUUUUGUCGAAAUGAGACAAUCUCGAGAAUCGCAAGAAACUGCGAGACCAUUAUUGAAUCAUUAUGUGCAGGCCGUAGGCAGGGGCCGUGGAAGAUUAACAAAGAGAGAGUCGUAGUGGACUGAAAAUAGUUUGAUUCUACCGCCAAAAGUUUAA